GUCACCUUCUCAAUCUUUCAGUUAUUCUCUGUUUAAACGCUAUCUCUCUCUAAAAUCUCUGUUUCCACUCACUCUCUUUUCAGAAUGGCUAGCUCCACCGUCGUGUUGAUGCUAGUCGCCGCAUUGUUUGUGAGCUCCACCGUCGCUCAAUCACCGGCGUCUUCACCGGCUUUGUCUCCAAAGAGGACGCCCGUGGCCUCUCCGCCGAAGUCUCCGUCGCCUGCCGUUUCUCCUUCCGCUGAGUCACCUGCAGCCUCUCCUCCUGCUCCGGUGGUGAGCGGUCCCUCUCCUUCACCGGCCACCGUCAACUCUCCUCCGUCUCCUCCUUUGUCUCCCAGCAUUUCGCCGGCCGGAGUUCCUUCCAUUACUCCCUCGUCGAUUUCCACUCCACCAUCUGAAGCACCAUCUCCUGUCCAAAACGGUGUGGCUUUGAACAGAUUCACCGUCGCCGGAUCUGCAGCCGUCGUUGUCUUCGCUGCGGCUUUGCUUAUGUAGAGAGAGUUUCGUUGAUUUUAUUUUUCUUUUUUUCCUUUUUUCUUAUUGUAUCACGUAUUUACUCGGAUCGUGAACUCUUGUACUUCAUUUUUGGUUGCUCUGAUUUGCUGUGUGAGGAUUAUUCUUUCCAUUAUUUUGUGUAUUCUAUUUAUUAUCAUUAUUAUUAUGAAUGAGAUACAUUU